AUGCAUUUCUAUACGGACCCUAAUAUAAAAUGAAAUAGGAUCUAGUAUAUUUUUCCCCACGCCCCGAGGCGACAGCUUCAAAACGGGCAAAUACAGUGUCCACCGGAACAUUACCUAUGUCAAGCGGUUCUUGACUGGGAUGAGUGUCGAAAUGCCUCGUGUUGUUCGGAUAUUUGUCGCCGACGGCGACGCGACCGACUCAUCGAGCGACGAAGAAGAUAAUACUAGCAGAGUAAAGAAGCAUGUUGCUGAGGUUAGAAUUCAAACUCGUUGCAACCAAACAGCGAAUGAAAAUCGCAAUGGAAGUGCGGAGGUGAUCAGUACGAACUCUCCCAAGAGGUCAAUCGACAAGUGUUUGGCAAAUGGCGACAAAAAGUUUCGCGGCGUUCGGCGGCGGCCGUGGGGAAGAUUUGCGGCGGAGAUUCGAGAUCCGUUGCGGCGAGCUAGGGUUUGGUUAGGGACCUACGACACUGCCGAAGAGGCCGCCUUGGUUUAUGACAAGGCUGCGAUUCGAAUGCGAGGACCGGACGCUCUCACAAACCUCAUCAAACCUCCGACCAGAGCUUGACUACCGUAGAUUAAUGUAGCGCUAAUUUCCGGCUAUGAUUCCGAUCAACUCCGUCACUCCUCUUCCUCCUCCUCUACUACUCCUGGGAAAGUGUCACCCUCUCUCUCUCUAACAAACAUUGUAUAUAGUAAUUUUAUACUAUGCUUUAUGUUAUAACAGGUCACUUUCACUCUAAUAAUUUUGUAUCUGUUACACUC